AGUCCGGCGAGGAGAGGCGCCGGCGGAGGAUACCGGAGGUAGAACCCAGCAUGAGCGAGGACCGCGGCGACCAUCAGGCCGCCGCAGUGCCCAGAUCUGGCAACAAACCGGUCCGAGGGCAAGGAGAAAACGGGGAGGAGGGGGUUCUCGGAACGGGUGAGCCAUCGGGGGCUUUUAUAGCCCUCUCCGGGAAAGGAAGGGAGAAAAUGGCCGUGGCUCGUUCCCCGCCGCGAUGCUCGCGGCGGUUGUGUGGGAUCGGCGGUUUGCCUUCUCGAACAGCCGCCGGAAGCGCAGGCCCAGGAGCGACCCUCCGUCGCCCAAUCUCCAUUCCCAUCCUUAUUCUGAUCAUGAUCGCUGGCUCCUGCUCCUCUGUUCUUUUUUUUCUUUCUUUGCUUUUUUUUUGGGCUCUGGGCUGAAGUCGGUUGGGUCUGCCGGCUUCAGCCCUUUUGGGGGCCUGUUCUUACAUCGCUAAGAUGAAAGAUGGUUAUAAUCAAGAGACGUGGAUGUUGGAAGUCGCUACAAUGGCAGAAGAAGAAAUUCUAGGAGUUAAUUUUGCCAAGCAUACAAGAACUCAGAUUUAUAUCCCCACCUGUUGUAUUGAGAAAUUUUCUGGUGAUUCUUGCAGGAGACACAAAGCUUUGAUUCAGGAACUCAGCACACCUCCUCCAUCUCCAUCGCUUGAUCACACCAUCCAUCCAAAUCCCGAAAACGGAAGCUUAAAGUCCAAGAAUCCCUUCUCCUUCUCUCUCUCCUCCGUAACGACACGAUCUUCUGAGGCGAUCUAUUUCCUCGAUCCUCACCCUACCCCGGUCCCCUCUCGUUCUCUCCUUCGCCCAUUCCUUGGCCCGCUUUUCUUUGACCGCCCCCAUGUACCAGCCGAGCGAAGCGAUCGACGUGCCUUCUCGAAUGGCCGCCGGAAGCGCAGGCCCAGGAGCGACCCUCCGUCGCCCAAUCUCCAUUCCCAUCCUUAUUCUGAUCAUGAUCGCUGGCUCCUGCUCCUACAAAACCAGCGCCACCAGCAGCCACCACUGUCCCUCCUCCUUGCCCUCCUCCUCCUCCGCCGCCGCGUCGUCGUCCCACGCCUGCGCCGCCUGCAAAUAUCAGCGCCGCAAGUGCAACCCGGACUGCAUCCUCGCCCCCUACUUCCCCGCCGACCGGCGGCGCGAGUUCUUGAACGCCCACCGCCUUUUCGGCGUCGCCAACAUGCUUAAGAUCAUCCGGCAUGUCGAUCCUGAUCAGCGUUACGACGCGAUGCGCUCCAUCAUCUACCAGUCCAAUGCCCGCGCCCGCGACCCCAUCGGCGGCUGCCACCGCAUCGUCGUCGAACUCGAGCGCCAGCUCCAACGCGACUCUGCCGAAUUAUUCCUCGUCCACCGCCAGCUUGCCAUCUACCACGCCCAAGCUGUUCUAUCACCCGCCACGGCCGCUCUCGCCGAUCCUAAUCUUCUUCUUAACCCACUGGACGAUGGCGGCGGCGGCGGCGACCACGUUCAUUCUGGCCAUGCCGAUAAUAUCAUCAUUAACAAUAGCAAUAACCCUAACAACAAUCAAAAUUAUAGUUAUAGUGGGAUUAUAGGAUUGGAGCUGCCGGUGCCGCCGCCGCUGCCGGUACCGCCGCUGCCGCUGCCGCUGCCGCCGCCGAGCCUCAUGCAGCACCAGGAGCAGCCGCAGUGCGUGGUGGAUGAGCGGGAAGUGAUACCGCUCGUAGAUAUGUGUGACAUCGGACCGGAUAUUGCCACUGGAGACGAUGACGAAAGCUCGAAGAGUAGCACUGCGAGCAACACCGGUUCUUUCCACAGCCCCGAAAUGAGCCAAAGGGAGACGCAAACAUGAUCCGAACGGCGCCGCCUCCUUGUUCACCCUCACUAACAGCGAUACCUCAGCUGUGUAAUUUUUUGCCAAAUAGCGUUGCUUCACGAGUAUUGAAUAUAGGCACCAUACAAUGCACACCAUGUGAAUAGUGGGGCACUCUGCAAUGAAUCACACUCCACGGGAGUGUGAUUCAUGAUGACACUGGAACAGCUUUAUAGUUCAAUUGCUGUGCAUCUUAAUACAUUUGCACAUCUUUCCUAAUGUUCUUUUCCCUGUUGAAUUAUAUCACCUUUCCACGUUAGAAACAAAAUGAAAACUUCGAAAUAUAUGUUGGAUAUCCUGCCGUAGUGUUCUUGUGGCGAUCCUAAAUGAUUGUAAGACUAGGGUGCAGAAGAAAGUGGAGGUUGAACAUUGCAAGCAUCUCAGCAAACAAGAAGAGGAUGAAUAAAGGAAGAUAUCAUGAUUGCUGAGCCUGGUAAUAUGAUCUUUAGAUCCUAUCUGGAGGCUUGAGUUCUUACAUUCAUGUGCAAAUGCUUGGUAAUUCUAGAUAUAUAGAAUAUUGUGGUUCAUAGAUACCUGACAAAUACCUCAGCAGACUCUUGAAAGAAUACGUACUCGGAUCAAAUCGAUGUCUUGAGUUUACUAUAGGACGACUAUAUAGAAGAGCAGCGAUCUCAUGUCCGUCACUUUUUUUUUCCCAAAGGUCUUCUUGCAUUGUUUUAAGCAAGAUAUAAGCAAAGCUUAUUACAUCUUGUCUCUCGAUAUAAGGAACAUUUACAAGGAAAAUCCAUAGUUUAAUAUGGAUAUCAUGUGGUCAAUUGAAACUGAUGCUAAGUGUGUGUUUGUUUGUCUACGGUUCAAACAUACACUACGAAUGGAAUUGCGGUUAUAAACAAAUAUUUUUGUGUAAUUAUCUGUAUUUUUUUUGGUAAACCAGAUUUAUUAAACCAAUUAAGAGUAAAUACAUCCGUAUCUAGAAGCUCAGACAAAAUGUUUAUAACAGUUGUCCAUAAUAAUUAUUUAUUUAUUAUCUGAGUUUAAAAUUGCAAAUGCAAUUGUAGUUGUU